AUGAGUAGGCGAGAAGAGAGACAUCACGCUAAAGAACGAACCUACGAGAUCCCGAGAAGUUCUAGAAACGCAAAUAACUAUGCAGCAGUAGGGGAACGUGGCACACCCAGAUGUCCCAUGUGUCGCUUAAGUCACGAGUUAUCCCCGUAUGAGAAAUUUGUGCAACUAGGAGUUCCGGACCGUUGGGAAGCAGCCAAGAGGAAUAGAGCCGUGCUAGAUGCAGUGAAAACGGGUGUCAAGGAUGCCACCAUACUCUUGCAUUCUAAAGAGAAACCCAGUUACCGGCAUCCCAAAAACCCAGCGGGGGUGGUGAAGGCGAUGGCGUUUAUUGACAACGAAUCCGAUGCCACGUUGACCACUAAGCGCUUCGCCGUAAGAAACAACAUCACGACCCUACCAUCCUCUCUGACGAUCAGCACGGUGAACGGUACCAAGGCGACAUCCGCUGAUCAGGCAAACGUGACGUUGGUUUCGCUAGAUAAUGGUGAACGAGUAGAGGUGACGGUAGCUUUCACCAUCACCGACUUGCCAUGGCGAGCAGUUAAAUCGAUCAGGGAAUUAUCAACGCUCUGGCCGUACUUGCGAGACCUACAUCUCGAAGAGGCCGACUCUCCCGAAGUCGAUNGAAGUGCACUGGGUCCUGGAUCAGAGACUGGGCGCCAGGAAAGAACCAUAUGCUGCUUGGGUGGCCGUUGUUUGGACCGCCUCAUGCGACAAACCGUAAGCCGUUAUCAGUUAGCUUCACCACUAUCACCGCUAGCAACCAUAAGGUAG